CUGUCAUAUAAAUGGAUUUCGGUCAUCUUUAUAUGCUUCUCAAUAUUUUUAAGAGUUAUUGGUGCCUUCAAAACUGAGCAGUUCUAUCAACAAGACUGGGAUUGGGAAAAGGAGGUUUGAGAAUGGCUCCUGAAGAAGCAUUGGGAGAAGUACUUCAGGUGCCACUGGGUUGCGUCACACCAUUUGCUUUGGUGAAUGAAUCAGCUAGACUCGUCGCUCUGUUGUUAGAUCAAGGGUUUAAAAGUCAGGAAUACUGCUUCUUUCACCCACUAUCAAAUGAUAUGUCAAUCUCUCUCAAUGUCUCUGGUCUUGACAAGUUUCUUAAAUCUGUUGGGAGAGACCCCACAUAUGUAGACUUGGAGGCUAGCCCUUCGGUAGGAAAAGACCAACCUCCUGAUCUUGCUGCUCUUGUCCCAACGAGUAGCACAGUUUUCUCUGAUCCUUCAGAAAAUGCAACAUCAACAAACUGCUCUGUGUCCUCUUCUGGUGCCAACACCGCUAAAGUCACUGCGAAUCCAUCAAAGCCAUCCUCUAGUGUGAAAAAUGCGAAGGAUAAAGCAGUCAAAAGUGCAAAUCCAUCUGCCUCGACAACAAAUGUUGAGGCAUUUGUGGAAUCAAUACUGGAUAAAACAUCUCAGCUGUUGCUUAAAGAGAUAACUGAAGAGACUAUCAAGGAACAUGGAGGACAGCUGGGAACUGUAGUAUCUAAUAUUAUCAGAAGCCGUCUUAGCUCGGAUUUGAACAGUACCACUAUGACAUUCAAGAACACUGCAUAUACAGAAGGAUUUCAUGCUGGCAUUCACUCUUCUCCCAGGCAAAGUUUUUGAUGAGGAUUAUUGGGUCUCCCUUUCCCACCCCAAAGUGAGGAGGGAAAAAAAAAAAAAAUUUAAAGAAAAAGGCGGCAGAGAGGGUAUGGAGAUAUACUGUUCAAUGUUCUAAUUUUUAGUUGAUAUAAUUUGAUAGAUGUAUUAUUUUUAGAUUGUUGAUACUAUUUUCCAUACCGGUCAAUGGUUAAUUACCUUGUAAGUGGCUUUCUUUAUAAUUUACUUCAAUGCUACUGGUAAAAACUUUCUGGAUA